AUGUCGCUCACGCGCUGAUUGGGCACGAGGUGAUGAUGGUGUCAGGGCGCGCGCUCGUCGCUGCAAAGCUUUCUUUGAAACUCUCAGAGAUUUGAAACAAACAUCUCACAAACCAAGCAGUCGUUCUCACACACUUCAGUGCCAGUGGCAAAAAAAAAAAUAACAACAAUUCUGCCUUUUAUACCCAGCCGCGCGUCUCAUCAGAGGAGGAACCCUCUCUUUCCACAGAUGAUUUCGCCACACUUUCAGGUGUUAUAGAAACUUUUUUUUUCAAUUCCGUGACGCAAAGCAAAUGAACUCGAGGAAGACGAUGAAGCAGCCCACGGAGCACAUCAAGAGACCAAUGAACGCGUUCAUGGUUUGGUCGCGAGGUCAGAGAAGACAGAUGGCACUGGAGAAUCCAAAGAUGCACAACUCCGAGAUCAGCAAGAGACUCGGCGCCGAGUGGAAGCUGCUCUCCGAGGCUGAAAAAAGACCUUACAUCGACGAGGCCAAAAGACUACGCGCCCAGCACAUGAGGGAGCAUCCAGACUACAAAUACCGACCGAGACGAAAACCUAAAGGACUGCUGAGGAAAGACUCGCUGGUGACUUUACCGCGUCACGGCGAGCGGGAACUUCACGCGCUCUCGCGUCUGGACAAACCUCGAGCCCUUCAUUCAGCCGCGUCUCUGACGCAUCCUUUCUUGGAGCCGAGUCGGUCUGCCGUUAACCCCGCUCCCACAGCUUUUCAACACGAAAAACUUGCUUUAACCCCGGGCUCGUUGGCUCUGUCUUCAGCUUUUGGCUAUCAGAGCGGACACCGCUCCUUCGGGAGUCAGUACGCGCACACUCACCUGUCACCUGCAAACCCCGGAUACCUGCUGCCCUGUAACUGUUCGCCCUGGUCUUCCUCCAGUCUCGCGCCUCCGCUUGCCUAUAUAGUGUUUCCAGGUAUGAGCAAGACCGCGGUCAGCUCCACAGCGCUGUGACUCAGUCAUUAAAAUCUCAUUAGGAGCCUUUUUUUAAGAGAUUGGUCUUUUCUCAGUUCGAGCGCAGCUUGAAUAAAUGUUGAUUCGAAUAGGCUACGUUCAGCUAUUAUUAAUAAUAAUAAUUGUAUUUAUUUGUUUGUAUGCGAGAUGUUUGCUUUCACAUUGAUUUGUAAAGUUCAUUUGCUAUUGCUAAUGAUAAACGUUCCUGCUUCGGAGCCAAAGAAUAAGGUGAACACGAUCAAAUUCCAGACAGUGAGUAAAUGAUUUGAAUGGGCCAGUCUUUGUAGGAUGACAUUUGUGACCCUGGACAACAAAACUAGUCAGAAGUGUCGGUUUUGUGAAACAGAGCUUUUGAUAUCACCUGAAAGCUGGAUCAAUAAACUUUUAUUGUAUGGUUUGUUAAAACAAUAUUUGGAAAAUCUGGAAUCUAAGGGUCCAAAACAAAAUCGCCUUUAAAGUUGUCCAAAUGAAGUCCUCAGCUAUGCAUAAUCAAAUAAUGAUAUAUUUACAGUAGCAAAUUUACAAAAUAUCAUGUCCUAAUGAUUUUUGGCAUACAGUGUAUUAUUGGCUGUUCCUACAAGUGCUUACGACUGGUUUUGUGUUCCAGGGUCACACUUUAUCUUUACUUGAAAAUAUGUAGGCUAUAUAAAUGAAUGGAGUGAAUAACUCAUUCAAAUACAUUUUCUACACGCUAAAUUGCCAAAAAACAACAACACACACACACACACACACACACAUUACAUUAUGCUACCACUUUAAUAUGACCUGCUGAUUUGUAUGUCCAGUAUCUGUAGGUAUUUUUAGCAGUAACUAGAAGUACAGUACAGCAUGCACAUUUGAAAUAAAACACUUGUUUAUUCAAAACGUCCUGUUAACCUGCUUUAUACUCCUACAAAAUAUUUUAAUAUUGUACAACAUAACCAACAUUUUUACUUACAUUUGAUUUGACCUAACUAAAAAGUUUAAUAAUUGCUAGUUAUUGACAUUGGUCUUAUGAUUCAUCCACAAGCUGUUAUAUGAAGCAUUUGACCGCAUUCAAAAUCUGUGACUGAAAACCUUAGGGCAAAAAACACUGUUAUCGUUAACUUUUAAAUUGUAAACAAAUUGUCAAUUUUCUGGUAAGUGCUUGUCUGUUCUGUUUUGCAUAAUAAAGAUUUUGCCAUUCCAUGGUUCCAACAAAUGCAAUACCUUUGUGCUUUGCCAUAGUU